AUGACUUCCGAGAAUUCGGAACAAACGGCAUCUCCUUCGACUACUACAGCCGAUUCUGAUGAUUAUCAGUCUGUCUCAUCCGAGUUGUCUCAAUCUAAUCAGCAAUUAUCGGUUCCCACCAAUGUAACAUCUUUAAUUUCGAACAAUAGUAAUUCACAACCUCUUAAUGACGAAAGUCAAGAAAAUGUGGUUAACAAUGAACAAAAUAUUGAUUUAGAAGAACGACAUAGGCAACGAUUUCCUGAAAUACCACCUCUAGGAUUUCGCUCUUCAAAUGGUGUUGAAUUUGAUGUUUUUAUUCCUUUUCAUCAACUUAAUCAAAAUGAAGAACAAACGUCAAAUGAACGACAAGAAAAUCCUCAUGAUAUUGCUAUGCAUAUGUAUAAUGACAAUGAUAAUAACAAUAACGAUGAUGAACAUGAAGAAUAUUUUCAUCGACUACCCGAACAAAUACAAUAUAUUCAAAAUCUAUUAAUUGAUCAAGAAAAUCAACAAGAAGCAGAUGAUCAAUUUGCAAAUGAAGAAGAUAAUGAACAUGAUGGAAUGUUUUUCGAUCAGGCUGAUUUACAUGAUAAUGAAGUGGAAAGAAACAGUGACGCUACCGAUGACGAUAAUGGCGAAUCUGAUGAAGAGACAAUGUCUCAAAAUCCACUUGAUGAUAUUAAACAGAUGACUUAUGAUCGCGUUUUGCCUACUGCUCAUUCUUAUUUAGGCAAUGAAUUUCAAGAAUUUAGUGGCAUGCAAUUAUUAGAUGAACAUUCGAAUAGAAUCAUACUACCCAUUAUUUUCUUACCCAAUAUGGUUUUAAUUCCAAAUCAAAUUGUUCCAUGGCAAGUGUUUAGUCAAAAAAAUAUUCGUUUGAUUAAAUGUGCCAAAGAUGAAAAUCGUUUAUUUGGUGUUGUUGAUGCAUGUUCAAAAAGAUCACCAGAAUCAAAUAGAGAUCAAUAUGGAACAACAGCUGAAAUUGUAUCUUAUUAUGAAGAGUCUCAUUCAGAAUCAAAUAUAACCACAUUACAAUUAAAAAUAAUUGGACGACAACGUUUUAUUAUACAAAAUCCUGAUCAACAUAUUAAACGUGAUUUGUAUGGUAUUGAACAUGCACAAGUAAAAAUAUUACCAGAAAUUAAUUUAGAUCGACCCUAUUUAAUGACAUUUAAAAGUAUAUGUAAAACAUAUUUUCAUAUCAUGAAUUAUUGUCGAAAUUAUGAUAUAACAAUUCAAAAUCAAAAAUUUAAUGAACAACGAGAAGAACAUAAACAAGAUGAGAAAGAAGAGAUUACAACGAGCACAUGUGGACAAUUUGUUCAACAAGCCAUGCAUCUACUAACAAAACGUCGACGAACAUCUUCUUCAACCUCUACAUCAACUUCAUCCAACGUUAAUAAUAAUCAUGCAAUUAGUUCAGUAGAAGUAGAUACAGAUCCAACAGUAUCGGAUCCAAAACGAUGUUUAAAACGUCCUUGUUCACUUUCACCACAAGAACAACGUGCUAAAUUAUACAAAUUUCGUACUCGUUAUGGUCUAUGUUCAAUGACUCCUUAUCCUUAUUGGAUUUAUCGUCAAUACGAUCCUUAUUAUAUUAUGUCUUUAAUUAAAUUAGAAAUAAACAAUAUUCAAAACACAAAACAUAUCGAAUCAAUGCCCGUACAACCUGGUGCAUUUAGCGAUUGGCUUUUGAUGAAUUUACCAUUUGAAUUACACACGGUACAAAAUAUUUUGGCGUUACCGACAUGUGUUCAACGUUUACAAUUUGUUUUGUCUUGGUUAAAAAAAUACAAAAAAUUUUUAUGUCGUCGAUGUUUUGCCGAUAUUUGUGAAAAUGAAGAUAUAUUUUCAAUGUCUGUACAAGGUUUGAUGAGUGCUUAUGUCAAUCCACAUGGUCAAAUACAUGAAACAUUGACAGUAUACAAAGGAAAAAAUUUAAAAGUCAUUGGUCCACGAACACUUGAGCAUUCGUGGUUUCCAGGAUAUAGUUGGCAAAUUGUUCAAUGUCAGCGAUGUGGUAAUCAUUUGGGUUGGAAAUUUACGGCCAGCAAUUCAUCAUUGAAACCAAAAAUGUUCUAUGGACUCACACGAAAUGGCCUGAUAUUUGCAAGAACAGAUGAAAGUCAUCCGCCGAUUAAUCAUGAUGAUGAUGAUGGGGAGGAUAGUCAACAUAAUGACCUAUGGAAUAUGUUGGAGUGA